CGGGUCACUGAAAGUUGAACAACGGAUAACUUUUGACGAAACAUAGAGAGGAGCUGAAGGCGGCGGCGCGGCGGUUUCGAUCUGAAUAGUUAAAGAAGAAGACGGCACCAGUUUCUUCCUGAACUAUUUUCUCUUUCAAUUGGUGCGAACUUGAGGAGGUAGAACAGGUGAAGCUCUACUUUUUGGUAAAUCGGAGAGCACGAAAUGGGGAAGAAGCAACACAGCAAGGAUCGUAUGUUCAUCACAAAGACGGAAUGGGCCACCGAGUGGGGCGGCGCCAAAUCCAAAGAGAAUCACGCCCGCUUCAAGAGCCUCCCUUUCUAUUGCUGCGCUCUCACGUUUACUCCAUUCGAGGAUCCAGUAUGUACACAGGAUGGCAUCGUCUUCGACGUAAUGAACAUAAUCCCUUACAUCAGGAAGUUUGGUAAACAUCCUGUUACAGGCGCUCCAUUCAAGCAAGAGGAUCUCAUUCCCCUUACUUUUCAUAAGAAUUCUGAAGGUGAAUUUCAUUGUCCAGUGUUGAACAAGGUUUUCACAGAAUUCACGCACAUAGUGGCUGUAAAAACUACUGGAAAUGUGUUUUGCUACGAGGCAAUCAAAGAACUAAAUAUUAAAACUAAGAAUUGGAAGGAGCUUCUAACCGAUGAACCAUUCAAAAGAGAAGACAUUAUAACAAUACAGAAUCCCAAUGCGAUCGAAAGUAGGGUUCUUGUGGAUUUUGAUCAUGUUAAAAAUGACUUGAAAGUUGAAGAUGAAGAACUUCAAAAAAUGAGUUCAGAUCCAACCUACAAUAUUAAUGUCACUGGAGACAUCAAACAAAUGUUGAAAGAACUUGGGACUGAAAAAGGAAAGGAACUUGCAUUGCAUGGAGGAGGUGGAAGCAAGGCACAGAAUGAAAGAGCUGCUGCUCUUGCUGACAUUUUGGCUGCGAGAUCACGCAUCAAGGAAGAUCCCAAAUCAAAAAAAAAUGGUGAGACUAAAGCUGGUUUUAGUGUUGUAGAUGCUGCUUCUGCAGCAGUUCAUGGAAGAAGUGCAGCAGCAGCCAAGUCUGCAGCUAGUGAUAAAACUGCUGCUCGGAUUGCCAUGCACAUUGCCGGUGAGAGGACUCCUGUAAACACCAAAAUGGUGAAGAGCCGUUUUACCACUGGUGCUGCUUCAAGAUCAUUCACUUCAACUGCAUAUGAUCCUGUUACGACAAAUGAUUUUGAAUAUGUUGCUGCUGAGAAAAAUCCCAAAAAGAAAGGUUAUAUUCGGCUCAAUACCACGCAUGGUGAUUUGAACAUUGAAUUACACUGUGAUUUAGCACCAAGGGCGUGUGAAAACUUCAUUACACUAUGUGAGCGUGGCUACUAUAAUGGAGUGACUUUUCAUAGGAGCAUAAGGAAUUUUAUGCUCCAAGGUGGCGACCCUACUGGAACUGGAAGAGGCGGAGAGUCCAUUUGGGGGAAGCCGUUCAAGGAUGAGUUAGAUUCUAGGUUGGUUCACUCAGGAAGAGGUGUUGUAAGCAUGGCAAACAGUGGACCACAUACAAAUGGCUCACAAUUUUUCAUCCUUUAUAAGUCAGCAAAUCACUUGAAUUUCAAGCACACAGUUUUUGGCCAAGUUGUAGGUGGGUUGACAACCCUUUCAGUAAUGGAAAAGGUUGCAGUUGAUGAUGAUGACAAACCUUUGGAAGAUAUUAAAAUAACUAGUGUGACAGUGUUUGUCAAUCCAUAUACUGAACCUGAUGAAGAAGAUGAGAAGGAGAAACAAGAAAUAGAAGAAAAGGCUGACGGAGAAAAUGAGAAGAUGGGCUCAUGGUUUAGUAAUCCUACCGAAGUGCAAGUUGGCGGUGGUGGUGUUGCCAAAUAUUUGAAAACAAGGAAUCAACAAGCUGUUAUUUCUGCUGAAGUUACUGCCACUGAAACUGAGACAGUGGCUGGUGCCAAGAAAAGGAAACUAGCUGGUACCUUAGAAUAUAAAAAUUUCUCUAUGUUUUAACGUUUAUUCACAUCCAUGUGAAGAUUUCUCGAAACAUGCUGAGCUGUAAAGAUAUAAAAUGCUUUGGAGUUCAUUCCUUAUAAAAAUCAACACAAUUGAUUGUGUAGGAUGGAUUAGUCUAUUUCCCAUGUUGUAUAAGCUUUAGAAACAGAAGGAAGUGAAGCAUUGGACCUAAUCAAUCUUCUUUAAGAAUAUUUCAAAUGAAAAUCAAGAGAUUUUCUCCCCUCUAUCCUUCCUUUUUGUGAUCAGAUGUGGAAAUGUCAAUGUAGCACAGUAGCAUAAUGUCAGCACUUUUUUUUCCAUAUUUUUUCGAGU